ACCACGGCCACGUCGCUGGAGGAUGGGGACUCGCUCGGGAGACCUGGCUCAGCCCCAGAAUGGGAAUGCAGCUCUCACUCCUGCCAGCCCCUCACACCCCCCUGGGAAGGAGCUGCCUGCAGUGGGCAGGCAGGACCCCAGAGUGAGCACUGGGUCCCCCCGGACAGAGGUGGACAUGCUCUACAAGAUUGAGGACGUGCCCCCCUGGUACCUCUGCAUCCUGCUUGGCUUCCAGCACUACCUGACCUGCUUCAGUGGCACCAUUGCUGUCCCCUUCCUGCUGGCUGAGAGCCUAUGUGUGGGUAAGGACCAGCUCACCGUCAGCUACCUCAUUGGCACCAUCUUCACUUGUGUGGGCAUCACCACCCUUAUCCAGACCACCGUGGGCAUCAGGCUGCCCCUCUUCCAGGCGAGCGCGUUGGCCUUCCUCAUCCCUGCCAAGUCCAUCCUGGCCCUGGAGAAGUGGCGAUGCCCACCUGAAGAGCAGAUCUACGGUAACUGGACGCUGCCGCUCAACACCUCCCACAUCUGGCAGCCCCGCAUGCGAGAGAUCCAGGGGGCCAUCGUGGUGUCCAGCCUGGUGGAGGUGGCCAUCGGGCUGCUGGGGCUGCCUGGGGCGCUGCUCAGCUACAUCGGGCCGCUGACUGUCACCCCCACCGUGUCCCUCAUCGGGCUCUCCGUCUUCCAGGCGGCCAGCGAGCGGGCCGGCUCCCACUGGGGCAUUGCUGUGCUGACCAUCGUCCUAGUCGUGCUCUUUGCCCAGUACCUGCGGAACGUCACCACCUGCCUGCCCGGCUACAGGCGGGGCAAAGGCUUCGUCCUGCUCCGCGUCCAGAUCUUCAAGAUGUUCCCGAUCAUCCUGGCCAUCCUGCUGGUGUGGCUGCUCUGCUACGUGCUGACGCGCACCGGCGUCCUGCCCAGCCGGCCCGAGGCCUACGGAUACAAGGCCAGGACGGACGCACGGGGGGAGAUCCUCUCCGUGGCACCCUGGUUUCGGGUGCCCUACCCCUGCCAGUGGGGUCUGCCCACGGUGACCUCAGCAGCCGUGCUGGGGAUGUUCAGUGCCACGCUGGCAGGCAUCAUUGAGUCCAUUGGGGACUACUACUCCUGUGCCCGGCUGGCAGGAGCCCCUGCUCCCCCUGUGCAUGCCAUUAACAGGGGCAUUUUCACUGAAGGCAUCUCCUGCAUCAUUGCGGGGCUGCUGGGAACCGGCAACGGCUCCACCUCCUCCAGCCCCAACAUCGGUGUCCUGGGCAUCACGAAGGUGGGGAGCAGGAGGGUGAUCCAGUACGGGGCUGGCAUCAUGAUCGUGCUGGGGACCAUCGGCAAGUUCACGGCGCUGUUCGCCUCCCUGCCAGACCCCAUCCUCGGCGGCAUGUUCUGCACCUUAUUCGGCAUGAUCACGGCCGUCGGCCUCUCCAACCUGCAGUUCGUCGACAUGAACUCCUCCCGCAACCUCUUCGUGCUGGGCUUCUCCAUGUUCUUUGGGCUGACCCUGCCCAACUACCUGGAUUCCCACCCCGGGGCCAUUCGCACAGGCGUCCCCGAGCUGGACCAGAUCCUGACAGUGCUGCUAACGACGGAGAUGUUCGUCGGAGGGACCCUCGCCUUCGUCCUGGACAACACCAUCCCAGGCACGCAGGAGGAGCGGGGGCUGGUGCAGUGGAAGGCUGGAGCGCACUCGGACAGCACGUCUAAGGCCAGCCUGAGGAGCUACGACUUCCCCGUGGGCAUGAGCGCGGUGCGCAGGAGCCGCUGGCUGCGGCGAGUGCCCAUCUGCCCGGGUUUCACCGGCUACCGGCCCCGGGCGGGAGGCUGCGGCACGGCGCCGGCGGCGCCCGCGGACGAGCAUGACGCCGCGGACAUUGUCUCGGUGUGCACCAAGGUCUGA